GUGAAGCGAACACUGAGAUUGCGUUUCUGAGUUAGCUUGUUAUAUUACAGAAUUUCGACUGGAAAUAAUUUAAACGUUUAUAAAGCUGGAGAAAAACGAACCUGCAGCUACAAAGACAGCAUUUAAAGCCCGGGCACUGGUGAAGUGAUGCACCGGUGCUCAGUGGCAACAGGUUGAUUAGCUAGCUCUGACUGGUUGCCCUUCUAGAUGGCUUCGAGUUGAAUUGCCUUUAUGUUCUCUUCUGCAUGAAAGCGUCGCCUGGUUCCCUGAUUAAUUACUGCUGCCGAGGAUAUAACCAGCCUUUGUGAUCUGAAGCGGCCGCCUGUUUAUUACCAGUCUUGGUAAGAAAAUGAUGGGCCUUCAGUGAGAUGUAGCAGACUGCAAGGAUGUAUGGAUUUCUGAACGAAACCCUGAGCUCUGCCAUAAAAGAAAACACCAAUCCAAAGUUGAUCAGGGAUAACUUAGGAUGCGUUGGAGACCCAGAGCGGAGCAGUGGCGCAUGAGGAAAAAGGAACUUCAAGAACGGCUGAAUGAGAGGGAAAGUCAUCUGCUGAUUUUUUUUCUUUCGCUCCAGUACUCUUAAACUUAAGGUGAUCACUUAUGUGAUGGAGGCCGGUCAGGACAACUUACUGCAGCAACUUCAAGAGUUUUCUCUCUCUGAACAGGCUGUAAAAGCUAAGGUGGAGGAGCAGGAAGCUCAGAUCCAGGAACUGCAGGGCAUGAUCACAGAGCUUCACCAAGAGAUGUCUUCGAAGGACCAAGACAAGCUUAUGCAGCUCCAGCAGCUGGUCCAGCUUGAGGCCAGGGUCAAGGAGCUCACACAGGAGUUGCUGCGACGGGACGCGACCGUCCAGAAGCUCCAGCGAGACCUGCUUCAUUCUCACCAGGCCCGCGAUUGCCAGAGCGCUCAGCUGGACGUCCAGGAGCGGCGACUGUGGGAGCUGCAGAGAGAUCUGCAGGAGAAACAGCAGGAGCUGCAAGGAGGGAACGCUCGACUUCGGCAGCUCCGCACUGAGCUCCAGAGCACAACCAGGCACGUCCAGGAGCUGCAGAGUCAGCUGGGUGAGGCAAGAGGGCGUCUGGUCCAGGUGGAACGUGAAAAUGAAGCUCUGCUGGAAUCUAAACAUCUGCAGGAAGCCGAGGUGGAACGGCUCAGUGCGGAGUUGUGCUCCAUGCAGAGAGCAAGUGAGGAGGCCGAGGAGAUUCAGAAAAGGUGCAGGGAGCUGGAGAAUGAACUCUCAAGCACUCAGGCCAAGCUCAGUGACUGCCAGAGCAGCACCCAGGAGUUCCAGGAGAGGACAGAUGAACAGAUUGGCCAGUUGCAGGAGGAGAUGGCCAGACUGAUAGACCAGCACAGCUGUAUCAGUCAGCAGCUCCAGGAGCGCACUUCAGAGCUCCAGAAUCUCCAAAAGGCCCACAGAGAGCUGCAGGUCAGAGACAGGGAGUGCCGGAGAGAGCUCGGCCGAACCAGAGAGAUGCUGCAUAAUGCCACCCUGAGGGUGGAAGAGCAGCGGCUGAAAGAGGUCCAGAUUGAUGAGCUCCAGCGAGAGGUUGACAGGAUGCUGGCCCUGCUGGAGAAAGACAAAGAGGACAGCAGCCAAGUGGAGGAGCUGGAAAAGCUGAGGGAGGAACAACUAUGGCUCAAAGACAAGCUUCAUAAAAGUGAGAAGAGGGUGGCAGCCCUGAUCCUGGAGGCGGAUUCUCAGAAGAUGAAAGUGCAUUCUUGCAAUCAAGAGGCUGCAGACCUGAGGCGGCAGCUCAUGGCCUCCGAGGAUGCACUGCAGCAAGUGGCUGGCGAGUUUAAGAGAUGUCAGAGAGAGCUCAGAGAACAGGAUGAUCAGAGAGUGGCCCAGGAGCAGAGGAUGGCUGACCUGAAUGCUGAACUGACCCAACUACAGCACCAGUACACCACCUGCUACUCCCAGCUGGUGGAGGAGGAGGCCAACGUGUCCACACUGAGGACUGAACUGCAGGAGGCUGAGGAACAGGGAGAGAAGCUGGAGUCCCAACUGCAAAACCAGCAAAGACAGCUUCACCAGCUCACAGAGAAACACCGGGUAUCCCAACAGAAGCUUACAGAGCAGGUUCAGAUGUUAAAGUCUAAAACUGAGGAGGUUGGGGCCUUGGAAAACAGAGUCAGAGGACUAGAGGAGCGUCUGAACCAGACCGAGGAGCAUCUAGAGGAAGAGAGACACCAAAAGUCCUUGAUCAACUUGGAAAAAGAAACUCUUCUUGUACAGUGUGAGAGUCAACGGGUGGCACUGCGUGAUCUCACUGCAGAGGUCCAGCAGUGGCAGCAGGAGGCACGGGACCAGAGGGAGAGCCGGGAGAAGGAGGUACAACAGCUGACCGCGGAGCUGCAAGAGGUGCAGACUCGCCUCCAGCACCACAGAGCCAACCAGGAGCACCUGCGAAGACAACUGGAGACGGCCUACAAACAGCAGAGAGACGCUGAAGAGAAGGCCUCUUCUAAAGAAUCAGCUCUACGUUCUCAGAACUCUGAACUGAGUCGAGUGAAGGCUGAUCUACUCGAUGCUCAGAGAGCGGUUUUGGACUCAGAGGCCAGAUUGCAGCCACUCACCGACUCUUUGGAGCUCUACAAAGACAAGUACAAAGCCUGUCUGAGCAAAAUAGCAGGACUUGAGAGCACACUACACAGUCAUGAGGAGGACCUGAAAGAUGCCAGGGCUCAGGUGGAUGAGCGGGAGGAGCAGGUGCUGCGUCUACAGGCCGAGGCGGUGGCACUGCGGGGUGAUGUUAAAGUGCGGCGUGCUCAGCUGGAGAGUGGAGACGAAGCUCUGGCUACUUUAAGCCAGCGUCUCAGAGACACGCAGAGAGAGCUGGAGCUGAGCCACACUCACGCACACGAGUGUGAACUGGUCAUCAGUACGCUCCGAGAUAACGUGGCCAUCCUGAAAAGACAGGUGGAGGAGAAGGACGAGGCUGCGGUUAAGCUUCAGUCGGACUUUUCCGUAUACAGAGCUACUCACAUGCACUCAGCUUCAGACUACCAAUCCCAAAUCACCCGCAUCCACCAACUAGAGCGGGCUCUCGCCCAGGCUCUGGAGCGCUGUGGCGAUGAGGCGCGGGAGCUCAGUACCUGUCAGUCAGAGCUGGAGAAGCUUAAAGAUGAAGCACAGAGACAGAAGCAGCUUAAAGAUGGCAGUCUAGGAGAGGUACGAAGGCUGCAAGAGCUUGUGAGGCAACUUCAGGCCGAUGCAGUGCAGGAUGCUCAGUGCAGACAGGCAGAGGUGGACGGUUUGGAGCGCAGAGCAGCCGACCUGGAGGAACAACUAGAGGCAGCUCAGAGGCAGUGUGUCCAGAAAGAGCAGGCUGUGCAGAAAAGAGACACUCUGCUGAGGCAGUCCGAGGCAGACCUCGUCCAGGCGCGGGAAAAAAUCCGAGGCAAGGCAGCGGAGGCAGAGAGGCAGGCUGCUGUUGUUCAGACCUUGCGUGCGGAUCUCCGCCAGGCCAAGAAAGAGAAGAGAGAGCGGGAGAAUGAGUGCGGUACACUGCGCACACAGCUGCUCCAGCUCCGCGAUGAACUGAAAGAGGCUCGAGCCAGCUGCAGAGACAGCGCACAGGAGCUGGCACGUCAUGAAGAGAAGAUACUGCUCCUGGAGGGAGGGCAGCAGCAAGCACAAGAGCAGCUGGCAGAGCGAGUGGCGGAGGUGGUACGGGCCGAACAGACCCAGAGGAAGCUUCAGGCCGAGCUCAGGAGGCUCCAGCAAAGACUGGAAUCCACUGAGCAGGAUCUUCAGCACCACAGAACCCUGCUGGAGCAGUUAAAGGUGGAGGUCAGCAGCAGCAGGCAGGCUCAGCUCAGUGCACAGCAGGAGGACAUACAGCUGCAACACAAAAACCAGGAGCUCCAAGAGGAACUAAACAGCACCAAACAGAACAUUUUACGUCUGCAGGAACAGCUGAAAGAACAUGCUGCAGUGGCUCAGGCUCUUCGUAUGGAGCUGGCACAGGAACAGGCCAGACAGCAGGAGCAGCUGGACUGGGCACAGAAGACAUGCCACAGAGAGACCAGCCUAGAGAUGGAGAGAGAUCAGCUCAGGACUGACCUGGAUGUAACAAGAAAACAGCUGAAUGAGCAAGACAGGCAGGUGAACAUACUGCAGGAGCGUGUGUGUGAGCUACAGAGAGCCACUCUCAGGCUGGAGGCGAACGAAGACGACCAGAAGGUUCAGCUACAGCGUCGCACGAGAGAGCUACAGAACCGAGACGCUCGCAUCGACACACUCACCCAGGAGCUAGACGAGCGGAAGCUGGAAAUGGCCCGUCUGCAGCAGCAGUUGGUGCGGCAGCAGGAAGAGCAGACGGCUCUGACGGAAAGGAACACGCAGCUGACUACAGAACUGCAGAAGCUGCACAGUGAGAGUAAGAUCUGUCAGGACGAGUCUCGGACGUUCGAGGGGCGGCUGGCAGAGGUGAAUGUUCAGCUAGGGCGCUCUGAUCUGUGGGGUCAGAAGCAGCUGGCCACCCUACAGUCAAGAGAGGAGGAGCUGGUACUUCUGAAGGUUGAAAUGAACACCUUGCGAGAGAGCUACCACUCCAAAGUAGCACAGGUUGAGAACUUACACACUCAGAUGGCCUCUCUGGAGCACAAGAACACAACAGCCGUAAAUGAAGUGGAGGUUCUAAGACAGGCACUGAGUGACGCUCGCGGUGACAGUUCCCGCCUGCACAGAGAGAGUGAACUGGUGGUCACCAACGUCAAUCAGUGGGUCAAAGAGCAGAAACAGGCUAACGAGAAGCUCGGACUGAAAAUGAAAGAACAGAGCAAGAAGAUUAUUCACCUUACAGCUGAAAAAGAUCAUCUGCAAGAGAAUGUGGAAAAAAUGCAGGCGGAGAUCUGGAGGCUUCAGGUAGAACUGGAUGAGCAAAGGAUGGAAUCGGAGAGAUGCAGGGUCCUUCAAGACCAAAACCCAAGCUGCCAGAGGAGCCCAGCGCCGCUACAUGAGCAUCAGCACACUGCAAUAUCUGGAAUGUUCAGCCCCUAUAAGGAGAAGCAGAGCGGGAAGAAGACUCUGGCUGCAAGACUGGAUUUGAGCUGAGCUGUGGGUGCAGAGCUGUGCCCUCUACCACCUUUGCUGUCAAGGUGGCAUGCAGAGUAGCUCAGAUGGGACUGGAGAGGGGGUCCUAAUACAGGACACAUCACUGGAGGUUUAAACCACAGCUUCUACAACAUAAAGCACAAUGAUGCUGCAAUCUCAGGGAUUCUCUGACCCAGCACUGGAACUCAGUUUACAAUAUAGGAUUUUUGAAGUGGACUUUACUUUUUACUGUUUAUUUAUACUGGAAUUUUAUGAACUUGAGAAGCUUGAAUAUCAUUAUGAUUUUAUUCUGAAUGAUACAUAAGAUUAUGUUGUAUAUAUAUAUAUAUAUAUAUAUAUAUAUAUAUAUAUAUGUUGGUGUGUGUGUGUGUGUGUGUGUGUGUGCUUAUGAAAAAAAUUGUAAUUUACAGAGGCAGUGAGUCUAAAUUGUUUUGAUCCAAGGUAGGUGAAAAUAGUUUUUUUCUAGUUGCUCUUGCAGUAAUGUUUCUAUAUGGUUACUUAUGUAAGCAGUAAAACAGUAAAAUAAAUGUGUGUGAUAUUUAAAUAAAAUCAUAGGUGUGAUUUGGUCAUAGACACAAGCAGAAGGCAAGUACCCUGAUGCAUAAAUUAAUGCAGGAUGUGUCAUAUAAAAUAAUGUGUGUUCUAACCUAGGUCUGUUUACCUUACAUAAUAAUAAUAAUAAUGAGGAACCUCGAUUUUAUAGACUAAAGGAGGGAGCACUGGUUUGUAAAAUGCACUAAGGUCCACCAAAGUGCUAAACAUGCACAUAUGAUGAGCAGUAAAAUGAACAACAUAAAUAGAUAUGUAAACAUGUAAUGUAAAUCCUGUAAAUAAAUAAUAAAAUUGGUCUACUGUA